GGAGGACGAGGUGGAUUUGAUCGCGGUGGCCGUGGCGGUGGAUUCAGAGGCGGUGCGAGAGGCGGUCGCGGUGGUUUCCAGCAAUCGUAUGGUCCACCAGACCAGGUCUAUGAGAUGGGCAGCUUCAUGCACGCAACCGAAGGCGAGAUGGUCUGCGAAUCGAUCAACACCAAAAUUCCCUACUUCAACGCUCCCAUCUAUCUCGAGAACAAGACGCCCAUCGGCAAAGUCGACGAGAUUCUCGGCCCGCUCAACCAAGUCUUCUUCACCAUCAAACCGCAAGAGGGCAUUCAAGCCACUUCCUUCAAGAACGGCGAUAAAUUCUACAUCGGCGGCGACAAGCUCCUGCCUCUCGAGAAGUUCCUCCCCAAGCCCAAG